CCUUUCUUGAGAGUUGACAAGGUCCGAGAGGAUCGAGCAUGCCGAGUCACUUGUUACACGGCCGGGGCAGAGAAUUGAACAAGCCCAAAGCACCUUCACCUUCUUCAGCACCCAGCACAGCAGUAUCAGUUCACGUCGAUCGAGACGGCAGCGUGGUAGUUGUGAUACCCUCGGUUGAGCCCGAAUCGGCGACACCCCUCUCCUCUUUCUCACAUAGAUUCUUGGAUCUCCAAAUGGCGGCCAUCAAGGACUUCAACAACCUGUUCAGGCUGGAUGGCAAGAUUGCAGUGGUGACGGGCGCUUCUCGCGGCAUUGGACUCUAUACUUCGGCUGCUCUGCUGCAAGCCGGCUGCGAACUCGUGAUCAUCACAGCUCGAGACGAGACGAAUCUCAACAAUGCCGCAACGCAACUGAACGCCAUUCCCAACAUCGCCGGCAAAGCAUUGGCCAUGCCUGCCAACGUCGGGCAUACAGAUCAGAUUGAAAAGUUUGUCCGCGACGUCCAACAGGUAGUGGGUAGCAAGGGUGUGGAUAUCCUCGUGGCCAAUGCCGCGAGCAGUUGGGGUGGCCCAUUCGAGCCGUUUGAGGAUUGGAAGAGUCAGAAGACCCUGGACUUGAAUGUCCGAGGAGUUUUCAACCUGGUCAGAUUUAUGGUUCCACUGCUGCAGACCAACGCGACGGUAUCCUCACCAUCUCGAAUCUUGCUCACCUCUUCUGUUGGGGGCAUAAUAGUGCCGCAUGUGGGAGAACGAGGCGCGAUCAUGUACUCGGUGUCCAAGGCGGCAGUACACCACCUGGGUCGCAAUCUCGCGCUCGAGCUCGCACCCAAGAACAUCACCACCAACAUUGUCGCUCCGGGCUUCUUCCCCUCCCGCCUGGCCAACCCGCAAAUCAACUUUCUCGGUGGAGAGGACGUGGUGGGAAAGCAAAAUCCCCUCGGUCGACUGGGUCAACCUGCCGAUAUUGCCGGCGUGAUCGUGUAUUUGUGCAGCCCGGCUGGCGCGUAUAUCAACGGUGUAGACAUCAGUCUGGACGGAGGCGCCCGCUUGAGGGUUGGGACUCAUCCAGAGGGAUCCAAAUUGUAGCCAGGGACAGUCGUUCCCAAUGUGUUUUUGUUUAAAAAUUUGUGGCUGUAUAUAAUGCAAGAGAGAACGCAUACAUGCACGAGACUCAG